AAACGAAAAUAAUUGAAAUAACUACUCUUAUGUUCUUAGAUAGUUCCUAACUUCUACAAGUCAAAGACUGUCAGAGAACAUAGUUAUUAAUUAACUCAGAUUCACAGGAAUAUUUAUAUAAACUUCUUUCAGGGUUAAGGCUUUUUACAAUUACAUGUUUAACAGAAGUAUAUUAAAUAUUGAUAGGCUAGUGAGUGUGUAAUAAAAAUUUAUGAGUAGGUCGAUAUAUACCUGAGUAAUUUCCCAUGGUCAUUACUUUAACAGCCUUACCCAGCUCUGGAACAACAUAGCAAAUAGAAAAGACUAUGAAAGAUGGCAAGGAAGAAAUUUAGUGGAUUAGAAAUCUCUCUCAUUGUCCUCUUUGCGAUAGUUACUAUAAUAGCUAUUGCCCUAGUUGUUGUUUUAGCAACUAAAACACCUGCGGUUGAUGAAUUGAGUCAUCCUACUUCAACUCCAGCUGGUGUAGGAAAAUGUCCUGCUGCAUUAAAUGAUCCCAUCAAUGAGAGAAUAAACUGCAUUCCAGACCAAUUUCCAACACAGGCAAUCUGUGCACAACGAGGCUGCUGCUGGAGGCCACGGAAUGACUCUAUUGUUCCUUGGUGCUUCUUCGCGGAUAACCAUGGCUAUAAUGCGGAAGAAUCAACCACAAGUAGUACUGGACUUGAAACCAAAUUAAACAGGAUAGCUUCUCCUACACUAUUUGGAAAGGACAUUAAUAACGUCCUCCUUACAACCCAAAGUCAGACACCCAAUCGUUUCCGGUUCAAGAUUACAGAUCCAAAUAGUAAAAGAUAUGAAGUUCCUCAUCAGUUUGUAAAAGAAUUUACUGGACCCACAUCUUCUGAAACACUGUAUGAUGUACAAGUUCAAAAAAAUCCUUUCAGCAUCAAAGUUAUUAGGAAAAGCAAUAGCAAAAUUUUAUUUGAUACCAGCAUUGGUCCCCUGGUGUACUCUGACCAAUAUUUACAGAUUUCAACCAGACUUCCCAAUGAAUAUAUUUAUGGAAUUGGAGAGCAUAUUCAUAAGAGAUUCCGUCAUGAUUUAUAUUGGAAAAGAUGGCCAAUAUUUACUCGGGAUCAACUUCCGGGUGAUAAUAAUAAUAAUUUAUAUGGCCAUCAGACAUUCUUCAUGUGCAUUGAAGACACUUCUGGAAAGUCAUUUGGUGUUUUCUUAAUGAACAGCAAUGCAAUGGAGAUUUUCAUCCAGCCUACUCCAAUAGUAACUUAUAGAGUUACUGGUGGCAUUCUGGACUUUUAUAUCUUCCUAGGAGAUACUCCAGAGCAAGUAGUUCAACAGUAUCAAGAGCUCAUUGGACUACCAGCAAUGCCUGCCUAUUGGAGUCUUGGAUUCCAACUGAGUCGCUGGAAUUACAAAUCAUUAGAUGUAGUGAAAGAAGUAGUGCAAAGAAACAGGGAAGCUGGCAUACCUUUUGAUACACAAGUCACUGACAUUGACUAUAUGGAAGACAAGAAAGACUUUACUUAUGAUCAAGUAGCCUUUAAAGGGCUCCCUGAAUUUGUUGAAGAUUUGCAUAACCAUGGGCAGAAAUACGUUAUUAUCUUGGACCCUGCAAUUUCUAUUGAGAAACGUGCUGAUGGAGCACCAUAUGAAACUUAUGAGAGAGGAAAUGCACAGAAAGUGUGGGUGAACAAAUCAGAUGGAAUUACCCCAAUUAUUGGAGAGGUAUGGCCAGGAUUAUCUGUAUAUCCUGAUUUCACUAAUCCAAACUGCAUAAAUUGGUGGGCAAAUGAAUGCAGUGAUUUUCAUCAAACCGUGAAGUAUGAUGGACUUUGGAUUGACAUGAAUGAAGUUUCCAGCUUUGUUCAAGGUUCAACAGAAGGGUGCAGUGAGAAUAGUUUGAAUUAUCCACCCUUUACUCCUGAUAUUCUUGACAAACUCAUGUAUUCUAAAACAAUUUGCAUGGAUGCUCUGCAAAACUGGGGGAAACAAUAUGAUGUUCACAGCCUGUAUGGAUAUAGCAUGGCUAUAGCCACAGAGAAAGCUGUAGAAAAAGUUUUUCCUAAUAAGCGAAGCUUCAUUCUCACCCGGUCAACUUUUGCUGGAUCUGGACAUCAUGCUGCACAUUGGUUAGGAGAUAAUACUGCUUCUUGGGAACAAAUGGAAUGGUCUAUCGCAGGAAUGCUAGAGUUCAGUUUGUUUGGAACACCUUUGGUUGGAGCAGAUAUCUGUGGAUUUGUGGUUGAUACUACAGAAGAGCUUUGCAGAAGAUGGAUGCAACUUGGAGCAUUUUAUCCAUUUUCUAGAAAUCAUAAUGCUGAUGGAUAUGAGCAUCAGGAUCCCGCAUUUUUUGGACAGAAUUCGCUUCUGGUCAAUUCAUCAAGACACUAUUUAAAUAUUCGCUAUACCUUAUUACCUUUCCUCUAUACUCUGUUUUAUAAAGCCCAUAUGUUUGGAGAAACAGUAGCAAGACCGGUUCUUCAUGAGUUUUAUGAGGAUACAAGCAGCUGGAUUGAGGAUACUGAGUUUUUAUGGGGCCCUGCAUUACUUAUCACUCCUGUUUUGAAACAGGGAGCAGAAUCAGUGAAUGCAUUCAUACCUGAUGCUACUUGGUAUGACUACGAAACUGGUGCAAAAAGGCCAUGGAGAAAACAGCGGGUUGAUAUUCCUCUUCCAGCAGAUAAGAUAGGGUUACAUCUCAGAGGAGGUUAUAUCAUCCCUACCCAAGAACCAGCAGUAACAACAACAGCAAGCCGUAAGAAUCCCCUAGGACUCAUUAUUGCAUUAAAUGAAACUAACAUGGCACAAGGAGACUUUUUCUGGGAUGAUGGAGAAAGUAAAGACUCCAUAGAGAAGGGCAACUAUAUAUUAUAUACAUUUUCAGUUUCUGAUAACAUUUUGAAUAUUGUAUGCUCACAUGCAUCAUAUCAAGAAGGAACUACCUUAGCAUUUGAAACUAUUAAAGUCCUUGGGUUGACAGAUACUGUUACAGAAGUUACAGUGAAAGAAAGUGGACAGCCAGUGAUUCCUCACAGCAGUUUUACUUAUGAUGCUUCCAACCAGAUUCUCUUAAUUAGAAGUCUCAACUUAAAACUUGGAAAAAGCUUUACCGUUGGAUGGAAUCAAGUUUUCACUGAAAAUGAGAGAUUUACUUGUUAUCCAGAUGCAGACGAAGUAACUGAACCAAAAUGCAUACAACGUGGUUGUUUAUGGCAAACGGCCGAAUCCAGUGCUCCUCUGUGUUACUUUCCUAAACAAUACAACCCUUAUGUAGUCACCUCAACUCAGUAUUUACCAACGGGUAUAACAGCCGACCUUCAGUGGAAUACUAGAAAUGCUAAGAUAGCGCUACCAUCUGUUCCCAUUUCAACUCUGCGUGUGGAGGUGAAAUAUCACAAAAAUGAUAUGCUGCAGUUUAAGAUUUAUGAUCCCCAGAAUAAGAGAUAUGAAGUUCCAGUACCAUUAAACAUUCCAACCACUCCAACAAGUACUUAUGAAAACAGACUUUAUGAUGUUGAAAUCAAGGAAAAUCCUUUUGGCAUCCAGAUUAGACGAAGAAGCAGUGGAAGAGUUAUUUGGGAUUCUCGUGUGCCUGGAUUUGCAUUUAAUGAACAGUUCAUUCAAAUAUCUACUCGUCUGCCAUCAGAAUAUAUAUAUGGUUUUGGGGAAGCGGAACAUACAGCAUUUAAACGAGAUCUGAACUGGCAUACUUGGGGAAUGUUCACAAGAGACCAACCCCCUGGUUAUAAACUUAAUUCCUAUGGAUUUCAUCCCUAUUAUAUGGCUCUGGAAGAUGAAGGCAAUGCUCAUGGAGUUCUCUUACUCAACAGCAAUGCAAUGGAUGUUACCUUUCAGCCAACUCCUGCUCUAACUUACCGGACAAUUGGAGGGAUCUUGGAUUUCUACAUGUUUUUGGGUCCAACUCCAGAAGUUGCCACAAAGCAAUACCAUGAAGUAAUUGGCAAACCAGUCAUGCCACCUUAUUGGGCUUUAGGAUUCCAACUGUGUCGCUAUGGGUACAGAAAUACGUCAGAGAUUGUGCAAUUAUAUGAUGCAAUGGUGGCUGCUGGUAUCCCCUAUGAUGUUCAAUAUACAGACAUUAAUUACAUGGAAAGGCAACUAGACUUCACAAUUGGUGAAAACUUCCAUGACCUUCCUCAAUUUGUUGACAGAAUAAGAGGAGAAGGAAUGAGAUACAUUAUCAUCCUGGAUCCAGCAAUUUCAGGAAAUGAAACAAAGCCCUACCCUCCAUUUGAAAGAGGAAUGGAAAAAGAUGUCUUUGUCAAAUGGCCUAAUACCAGUGACAUUUGUUGGGCAAAGGUUUGGCCAGAUUUGCCCAAUGUAACUAUAGAUGAGUCAAUUACUGAAGAUGAAGCUGUUAAUGCUUCCAGAGCUCAUGUAGCUUUUCCAGAUUUCUUCAGGAACUCCACAGCAGAGUGUUGUAUUAGUGCAGUGCAGAAGACCACUGGCAAAAGAGGGAUUGUUAUUUCACGUUCCAUGUAUCCUACUGGUGGAAGAUGGGGGGGACACUGGCUUGGAGACAACUAUGCACAAUGGGACAAUUUGGACAAAUCCAUCAUAGGUAUGAUGGAAUUUAGUCUCUUUGGAAUAUCAUAUAUUGGAGCAGACAUUUGUGGUUUCUUCAACAAUUCUGAAUAUCAUCUCUGUGCCCGCUGGAUGCAACUUGGAGCAUUUUAUCCAUACUCAAGAAAUCACAACAUUGCAUUUACUAGAAGACAAGAUCCUGUUUCUUGGAAUGAAACUUUUGCUGCAAUGUCAAAGAGAAUUCUAGAUAUUAGAUAUACUUUAUUGCCCUAUUUUUAUACACAAAUGCAUGAAGUUCAUGCUCAUGGUGGCACUGUUAUCCGACCCCUUUUGCAUGAGCAAAUUCUGCGUCUUUAUGAUGACACUGUAGAAGGCUACAUCCCUAAUGCUCGGUGGUUUAACUACUAUACUGGUGAAGAUAUAGGUUUCAGAGGAAAAAAUAGUACAUUUCCAACUGACUGGGAUAAAAUAAAUCUACAUGUUAGAGGUGGUUACAUCCUACCAUGCCAAGAGCCUGCUCAAAACACAUUUUACAGUCGAAAAAAUUUCAUGAAGCUCAUUGUUGCUGCAGAUGAUAAUCAGAUGGCACAAGGAUCUCUAUUUUGGGAUGAUGGAGAUACUAUAAACACCUAUGAAAGAGUAUUAAAAAUUGACCUUACAGACAAAAGUGUUACUCUUGAUGAACCAUUUGAAAUCAGCUGGUCAUGAAGAGUGCUACCAAUUCAAGUUCUCAAGGAGAAAUUGAUACUGGAUUUAAGUUUCACGGCACUUACAAGUGUCCCUUCUCAUUAACUCUUACAUGCUGUAAAAUAUAAUUUUCAUAAUACUAUCCUAAAAAUUAUUGCACAGUGUACAUCAAAAGUAAUGCUAAAAUUUUUUAUAUUAAUGUAAUUUGUAUUCAAUUAUUUUAAAUUUUUAAUAGGAUUUGGAUAGUUCUAUGUUGAAUAGUUUGGAUAGUUGAUAAGCAGAAGGUAGAUCUGUACACAAUAUUAAAUAUGUAUGUGUAAAACUAAACUAUAAUUAAAAUGUGAUUUUUAAAUAAAGUGAAACAUUUAAUUAUAA